GAAGCAGAAUUACUGAUUUCAAAGAAGAUUCAUCCUCAGACCAUCAUUGCAGGCUGGAGAGCAGCCACAAAAGCUUCAAGAGAGGCACUUUUGAAAGCAGCUGUGGAUCAUGGUGAUGAUGAAGUGAAGUUCCGUGAAGACUUGAUGAACAUUGCGGGAACAACUCUUUCAUCAAAAUUACUUACUCAUCACAAAGAUCACUUUGUCAAGCUAGCUGUAGAAGCGGUUCUUAGAUUGAAAGGUUCUGGUAAUUUGGAGGCCAUCCACGUCAUUAAGAAACUUGGUGGCAGUUUGGCUGAUUCCUACUUAGAUGAAGGCUUUUUGCUUGACAAGAAGAUUGGUGUAAAUCAGCCAAAAAGAAUUGAAAAUGCAAAGAUUCUUAUUGCAAACACUGGUAUGGAUACAGACAAAAUUAAGAUUUUUGGCUCUCGCGUUAGAGUGGACUCUACAGCAAAAGUAGCAGAAAUAGAACAGGCAGAAAAAGAAAAAAUGAAGGAGAAGGUAGAUCGUAUACUUAAGCAUGGAAUAAACUGCUUUAUUAACAGACAGCUGAUCUACAACUACCCUGAACAGCUCUUUGGAGCUGCUGGUGUCAUGGCUAUUGAGCACGCAGACUUCGCUGGUGUAGAACGUCUGGCUCUUGUUACGGGCGGUGAAAUUGCAUCAACCUUUGAUCACCCUGAGCUAGUAAAACUAGGAAGCUGUAAGCUUAUUGAAGAAGUCAUGAUUGGGGAAGAUAAACUCAUUCAUUUCUCUGGAGUGGCAAUGGGUGAAGCUUGCACCAUAGUUUUGCGUGGAGCAACACAGCAGAUUCUAGAUGAAGCAGAGAGGUCUCUGCACGAUGCUCUCUGUGUUCUUGCGCAGACCGUGAAGGACACUAGAACUGUGUAUGGUGGAGGUUGUUCAGAGAUGCUGAUGGCUAACGCUGUUGCAGAACUUGCCAUCAGAACACCUGGCAAAGAGUCUGUUGCAAUGGAGUCCUUUGCUAAGGCUUUACGAAUGAUCCCAACAAUAAUAGCUGAUAAUGCUGGCUAUGACAGUGCAGAUUUGGUUGCUCAGCUCAGAGCUGCUCACAGUGAAGGGAAGACUACUUACGGGCUUGAUAUGAAAGAGGGUAUCAUUGGAGACAUGGCAGUUUUGGGAGUAACAGAAAGUUUCCAAGUCAAGAGACAAGUUUUGCUGAGUGCAGCUGAAGCAGCAGAAAUGAUUCUUCGUGUAGAUGACAUUAUUAAAGCAGCACCAAGAAAACGUGUCCCAGAUCAUCGCCCCUGUUAAAUUUUCUACAGUACCUGAGGAUGUGUGGACCAGAUCUCACCUAGUAAUUUUUUUUUAAUGAUCUAAUUUUUGUGAGGUUAUGGAACAGAAGCUUGAGACGAGCAUCUCCAUCAAUGGCAUGAAGUAACUGUCUUCAGUUAGUUCUAACUUAUUUCAGUUUGUACGUGUUGUGAGGAAGAAGAGGUUUUAUACAACCCUAUUCCUUCUGUUCCUCUCCAGGUUCCACUUCAAAAUACACAGAAAUAAA